UCGCUGUCGGACGUCAGGUUCUUCUUGGACGUGUGGUGGGAGGUGAUGAAGCACAAGGAGGGAGAGGAGGACGUGACGGUCUCUGCGUUCGGUGCUCUCGUGGGUCAGCACGGGGGUGAGGUGUCUCUGGACGAUGGUCUGCGGCCCCCAAAGAGGUUCAAGGGUGACCCUGUGAAUGAUCCUCCUGCUCCCACCACCCUGCUCAUGGUGCUGGUGGAGGGGUUAAAGCAGAUCCACGGGAGCGUCGCCCAGCCCCGCAUGAAGUGCUAUGCCUUGGCCAACUUGGCUGAGCUGCUCUCUGUGUUCUCUGAGCUGGAGCCAGUGGGCACCUCCCUCCCCAUCACAGAGUACCUGCACAAGGUCAGCACCGUGGUCAGCCUCUGGACCAGUGACACUGAGAGCCAGUACCACCACAGCUGUCUGGGUGAGAAGGUGAAGGAAGCACAGAGAAGCAUGAGCCUCUUGCCCAUGGCCAAGCUCUCUCGUGAGGAGCUCUUUGUUGGCUUGGACUUUCUACACAGCUUGUUGCAUUCCUGGGGAGAGGAGUUGCAGGAUGCUCUGAACAGCCCUGAGGAGCUCUGCUAUGAGAGCUAUCGCCUCCUGGACACUCUUACCACCCUUGGGAAGAACCUGGUGUGCUUCUCAGAGACUAGAGACCUGGGUGAGGAUGAAACACGUGUAGUGUUAAAGCUGACACAGAUCAUCAAGGACUUGCUCAAGGAGACUGGUGCCAGCCUGAAGAGCAGGGAUUUGGACACCAGCCUUGUGUCUUCAGUUGCCAUGGCAAUCAUUGAGGAAAAGCUGGACUGGCAUGAGGACAUGUGCUCUGUUUUUGCAUCUGAAAAGACCUGGGCCUUUUCGAAGGCCUGGGUCGAGUGCCUUGUGAAAAACAAAGCUCUCUUCCAGAAACCAGAGCUGGUUUUGAAAUUGCUGGAGAUGCUGGUGAACUUUGCCACGUCGCACCAAGACAAGGAGGCCCGAGAGCUGCAGAUGCAAGUGACCAAAGCCAUUGUGGAGUGCUACACUGAGCUUUCAUUAGCUGAUAAAAACCAAGUGCUCUCAGGUGUCCUGACAUCCUGGGGUGGACCAGGUCUGUCCCUGAACUUGCAGGUUGUCAGUGAGGGGUUCCAGGAGGACCUGAAUGUGACAUUCAACCAGAUCACAAAGAGUGUGUCUGAUGAAGGCCUGAGCAGGGCUGUGGUUUCUGUGGCCAGGCUCGCUCUGCUGUACCCCGAGGCCACAGUGAAGCAGGUUUGUCAUCUUGCUGUGGUCAACUUAGGAGCACACCAGUUCCUUGCACAAAUCCUCUGCUCCUUCCCAGCACUGAGCUUCCUGGAGACCCACGAUGAUCCAGGCAGGCCAUGCAGCCUGGUGGUGAGGUGUCUGGAGGAGGCAGUAUGGGGGAAACUUUCCACUGUGAGGGAGGAGGAGCAGUUCCUUCAGUUCUUGUCCUUUCUCAUGCAGCCACCAGGCUCAGCCACCCCACUUGUGUCACCUGCAGAGGUGACCAAAGCCUUUGUCCUUCCCUAUUUGAAGUCAGACUCUCCUCAGACUGAGCUGAGCCUGCAGAUCCUCAGUAAAGUUUUGGGAAUACAGUCCUGUUCCGAAGAGCACUGGAUCAAAUCCUGUCACCCGUUCCCUCUUCUCCUCAGCCUCUGCAGGCUUCUAGAUGGUUACACCACAUAUUGGCAUCAGCCUAGGGAGCAGCUCUUCCUCUCACUGGAGACCAAAGACCUGAUUCUGAACAGCCUCUGCCAGCUCUGCCAGAUGGUGGGACCAGAAACUGUCCCCUCCCCGGAGCUGUGGGUCCAGUCACUGGCUUGGCUUCACAGGAAGGUGGCAUCACUGGACUGGACUGUCGGGCUAAGACUCAAGAAGCUUUAUGGAGACCACUUCAAGAAUGAGGUCCCGGCAACGCUGUUUGAGAUCUGUACUCUUCCUGAGGACGAGUGGACAUCGCAGCCUUUGCCAGCCUAUGGACCAGGCAGUGGGCUCCUGGCGUGGAUGGAGUGCUGCUGUGUGUCCCCAGAGCUCAGGGAGACGAUGCUGACGCUCCUCACCGUCAACGUGGACAACCCUGAAGAAGUGAAUCUCUUCAGCAAAGGGUUCCUGGUGGCUCUCAUACAGGUCCUGCCUUGGUGCAGCCACAGCGAGUGGAAGAGGCUCAGCUAUGUGGUUGAGAACCUGCUGGAAAGGCAAAUCCUGCACGUGCCGUACACGCUGGAGUACGUGCAGUACAUGCCCCUGCUCAACCUCAGGCCUUUUGCCUGCUAUCUCCAGUUCUCCGUGCUCUUCCUGCGGGGCUUCCAGCUCCUCUGCAGCUCCAGCUGUUCCACCUGGCUGCCGGCAGAGGCUUGGCUCCACGUGGUGCAGCUGUACUGCAGCAGCCUGACAGAGCUGUUGACCUCCGCCAAGAGCACUGCAGGGUCCCCCUCACAUCCCUCUGAGGACAAGACCUCCACGCAGGAGGUGUCCUUCGUCUGCAUCCAGAUGUUUUGCCACCUGCUGCACGUCUCUGCCAUGCUGCCAGGCGAGGGCUGCAGGGAGCCACUGGCAGUGGUGGCAUUGGAGAUCCUCUCGCAGUACGAGAUGUUCAGCAAGGCCGACACGUCCCCCAGCAACGCUCUGCGCAGAGCCAACGAGAGGCACUUCUUGGAGUCCAUCACCGACAACGUGAGCGACGAGGCACUGCGCAGCACCCUCCUGCAGAAACUCAGCAAGGUGGGAGCACACUUGGCUGAAGAGACAGCUUGA